GGGGAGGGCAGCUAGGGUUCUAGGGACUUUGCCCUUGACCUGAGGGUAUAAGGAGGAGGGUCCCAGCUUCUCCUCAGGCCCCUAGGGCUUCCUUGAGCAGCUGAGAGGGAGCGGAAACACAGAACCCCUAGGGCCUACAGCGUGUGCCCAGGAUGAUGUCCUAUGGAGAGAGGCUGGGGGGCCCGGCUGUCUCCCCACUCCCAGUCCGCAGGGCACACAUGGUGUGUGGGGCAGCCUUUGCCUACGUGCCCAGCCCGCAGGUCCUGCACAGGAUCCCGGGGAACUCGGCCUAUGCCUUCCCCAGCCUGGGCCCUGUGGCCCUCACCGAGCAUGGCUGCCCUUAUGGGGAGGCUCUGGAGUGUCACAACCCGCUGCCUACCAAGCUGGCCCUGGAGGAUGAGCACAAGCCAGAGCCCGGCUUGGCCCAGAAGCUGCGCUGGGCUGGCGUGACGCUCCUCAAGGUGCCACUGAUGCUCGCCUUCCUCUACCUCUUCGUCUGCUCCCUGGACGUGCUCAGCUCAGCCUUCCAGCUGGCUGGAGGGAAGGUGGCUGGUGACAUCUUCAAGGACAACGCCAUCCUGUCCAACCCAGUGGCGGGGCUGGUGGUGGGGAUCCUGGUGACCGUGCUGGUGCAGAGCUCCAGCACAUCCACCUCCAUUGUCGUCAGCUUGGUCUCCUCCGGCUUGCUGGAGGUGAGCUCUGCCAUCCCCAUCAUCAUGGGCUCCAACAUCGGCACCUCCGUCACCAACACCAUCGUGGCCCUGAUGCAGGCAGGGGACAGGACUGACUUCCGGCGGGCCUUUGCAGGGGCCACGGUGCACGACUGCUUUAACUGGCUGUCAGUUCUGGUCCUGCUGCCCCUGGAGGCUGCCACUGGGUACCUGCACCACGUCACUCGACUGGUGGUGGCCUCCUUCAACAUCCGAGGCGGCCGCGACGCCCCUGAUCUGCUCAAGAUCAUCACGGAGCCCUUCACUAAGCUCAUCAUCCAGCUGGACCAGUCUGUGAUUACCAGCAUCGCCACGGGGAACGAGUCCCUGAGAAAUCACAGUCUCAUCCGGAUCUGGUGCCACCCAGACCCCGUGGAGGCUCCCACCCCCAGGCCCAGGGCAGAGGCCAACACCAGCCAGAUGCUCGGAAAUGUCACCAGGGAGAAAUGCCACCACAUCUUCGUGGACACAGGGCUGCCUGACCUGGCCGUCGGGCUCAUCCUGCUAGCUGGCUCCCUGGUGCUCCUGUGCACCUGCCUCAUCCUUCUUGUCAAGAUGCUCAACUCUCUGCUCAAGGGCCAGGUGGCCAAGGUCAUUCAGAAGGUUAUCAACACCGACUUCCCUGCCCCCUUCACCUGGGCCACAGGCUACUUUGCCAUGGUGGUCGGCGCUGGCAUGACCUUCGUUGUCCAGAGCAGUUCUGUGUUCACCUCAGCCAUCACCCCACUCAUCGGCCUGGGUGUGAUCAGCAUUGAGCGUGCCUACCCGCUCACACUGGGCUCCAACCUCGGCACCACGACAACGGCCAUCCUGGCUGCACUGGCCAGUCCCCGGGAGAAGCUAUCCAGCGCCUUCCAGAUCGCCCUCUGCCACUUCUUCUUCAACAUCUCGGGCAUCCUGCUGUGGUACCCAGUGCCCUGCACGCGCCUGCCCAUCCGCAUGGCCAAGGCGCUGGGCAAGCGCACCGCCAAGUACCGCUGGUUCGCCGUCCUCUACCUCCUCCUGUGCUUCCUGCUGCUGCCCUCGCUGGUGUUUGGCAUCUCCAUGGCAGGCUGGCGGGCCAUGGUAGGUGUGGGCGUGCCCUUCGGGGCCCUGCUCGCCUUCGUGGUGCUUGUCAGUGUGCUGCAGAGUCGCAGCCCCGGGCGCCUGCCCAAGUGCCUGCAGACGUGGGACUUCCUGCCCCACUGGAUGCACUCCCUGCAGCCCCUGGACCGUCUCAUCACCCGUGCCACCUUGUGCUGUGCCAGGCCCGAGCCCCGCUCCCCACCGCUGCCCGCCAGGGUCUUCUUGGAGGAGCUGCCCCCCGCCACGCCCUCUCCCCGCCUCGCGAUGCCUGCUGGCCACAAUGCCACCCGUCUCUAGGCUCUGGCCCAGACUGGCUCCUGGAGCCAGGAAGGGCCUGUGCCUGGUGCCCUGGGUGGAAGGGCAGAGGGGUGUGUCUGUGUACUGUGGGCACGCACCUGUCCCUGUGCAGGUCCUGGGAGGUCUUGGCUUGUGUGGCUCAGGGUGAGUGUAUGAGCACACAUGGGCCUGUUGGGGUAAGCCUGUGUGUCAGCCUGCACAUGUGUACCCAUGCACCUGGCAGCGGGGUGCUGCAUGCCAGCUGCAGGGUACUUUGCACAUGCAUUUGGAGGCCUGCGCUUGUGUCCUUGUGUACACACAACUCCCACUGGGCUGGGCAGGAGUAAGGGUGGGUCUGAGUACGUGACUCGCAGCUGUUUGCUUGUGCACGAUGUGGGUGCCUGAGUCACUGGCUGAACUCUAGCCCUGUCCCUGCCACCUUCCUUCCCCCAUGAUACCACUCUCCUCAUCCUCAUUCAGGUUUUCUCUGUCACCGCUUCAACCCCCUUCCCCAACACUGCCUGAUUAAGAAGAAGAAGGAAAAAAAAGAAUGAAACUCA